UGGAGCUGGCUUUUUCAAGGAUGGAUAUACCUAGGCCUCACUCUGUCUAGUGCAUAUUUAAAGUGCUCCUUAAUUGCCGAGUCUGUUGGGUCCAUCCUCGAUAUUCCAGGCUUCUCUUUCCCUCUCUGCCCGUAACUAAUCCUCCCUCGAAAGAUAUUGAAGAUACAAUCUUCGGUCAUCAAGAACUCACAUCUAUGAAAAGUCUACUUUCAGAGCCUUAGAUCCUUAGUUCCUUGCUCAAUGUUACAGAUAUAUUAAGGAUUAUUUGGGUGGGCUAUUAUGUUCCUCAAACAUAUACAAAGCUUCUGGCUCUUCACUUACUGUCCUCAGCCCUUGAGAUCUGGGGUUAGGGCAUAAGUCUCUCAUCGCACAGGGACGUUGGGGCCAGCACUCAGACCCUACAACAACCUCUUAUGCCUCUGAAUGAUGGACCUGAUAUGGUGCACUAUAGGAACCGCGACGGGUCCGGUGGGGAGCGGCAGGAUGGAGGCCGAGCGCUUCCUCCUCAAAUGGAACAACCACCAGAGUAACCUGGUGACGGUGUUCGACCAGCUAUACGAACAAGAAGCCUUCACUGACGUCACUCUCGCCUGCGACGGAAGAACCUUCGCUGCCCACAAAGUGAUCCUAUCGGCGUGCAGCCCGUACUUCCAGGCGCUGUUCUUGGGCAACCCCUGCAAGCAUCCUAUCAUUUUCAUGAGAGACGUACGAGCAGGAGACCUAGAGGCACUUCUCUCUUUCAUGUACCGUGGGGAGAUCAAUGUCCACCAACAUGAUCUCUCCUCGUUUCUCAAAACGGCUGAGAGUCUCCAGAUCAAAGGGCUCUCCGAUUCCUCGGAGAGACACAAGGAGACCUCGAAGAUCCUGGAAGCGAUGGAACGGAAAUUCUGCUCGCCAGGGUUGCAACAGUCACAUCUCAACACCGCCACGCCUACCAUCGGCAGCACCGCCAUCGGGGUACCCAUAAUGCCCAACGUCAACAACACGGAGUCCCUCACACCCCCGGCUAAGAAAUUCAAGUCUCUGGAUGAUCUGCCGAGGAUUCUACCCAAAAUGAAGCCUUUACCCACGCCCCCCGGGCUGGUGACGCCUGUGCCUGGGCUCCUCACGCCCAUCACCCUCGCUGCUACUGUCAUGAAGAACGCCGCCCAUGCCGCCCACGUUGCUCACAACGCCCACAUCAGUCCGCCCACGCCAGAGACCACCAAUUCCUCCCCAACCACCGAUUCCUCGACGCCGCCCAAGGACAGAAAGAAGGUGUCGCAGAGUAUGAUCGAACUAGACCGAGGCCAAGAGGACACCAAGACCACCUUCAUCGAGGGAUACAUCAGUGGGGACUCGCCUCAUCCGGUGUACCUGGUGUCCAGCGUGGGGGGACUAGCAGCCACCGUCACCUCCGGCAACUCCACCCCCUCCCACGACGUCAAGGUGGAAGAGGAGGACCCCCUUGAUGACAACAACUCGUUCAGCGAUGACCCAGCCUCUGGCGUGGGCGACAACGACGAGUCGUCCAUGGCUGGCUGCUUCAGUGAGGACCUGCUAGGGUUGGCCAGGGACAAGCUGACCUACCCUUGUCGCUACUGUGGCAAGCGGUUCACGCAGACGGGCACCUGCCGACGACAUGAGAGGCUACAUACAGCACCCAACAGCUUCAAGUGCCCCAUCUGCCAGAAGGGCUUCAACCGCAAGUACCGCCUCAAAGAGCACAUAGUGGCCUCACAUCCUCACCACUCUGAAGAAGGUGAUAUCUCCCUCAUCAUCAAUACUUCUGCCACUACUUUGGCGUGAGGGCGCGGUCGUGGCCUGGGGAGGAGGGGUGCAAAACGACCCCACUUACGCUUCAUCCUCCCCAGCCCUAACCUGCUCCCCACACAGCCUCCCCCUCCUGCCCCCCACCACCUAGCUGAGGCUGGAGGCUUCCUCAUCGCAGCAUGACAUUAACACAAGUAGAAUAAGUGCUGCUCUAUCCAGCAUUUCAUCAAGUCCAAAGAGAGUACAGGUUAAAAUGCUACCAAAGUCCCCUGUAUGACUAACCUUUAACCACUAACGUUCCAUUAAUCACUAACCCAUUGAGUUCAAACCAGUCAUAGGUGUAAUUAUUAAAAACAAUCAUGCCGAGAAUGAUACCAAAUGAAUUGAGUCAGUGUUAUGUACUUGCGUUGCAAUGCUACACAUUGCACUGGACGUUGCUGGCCCAAAGACUUUACCAAAGUUUGUGUACUUACAAUGUGGAGGAUCCUGAGUCUCGUGGAGUCGGCCACCUACUCACAUCUGACACGUAUUAGGGUUUUUUUGAGUAAUGAAAUGUUUUUUUUUUUGUAUGUAUUAUAUAAUCUGUAUAUUUAUUGAUUUCCUUUUCUACAACACAAACUGUGAUAGGAGAAUCUUUAAUUAGUUUAUAAGUCUGCACCAUUAUUUACAUUAUUUUCUGUUUUAUACAUUUUUAAAUAGUUUAUUUUGUACCUUGUUCUUGAGUCUUGCUGAAAGAGUGAGGCUCCAGGAGUGUUUAGAUAUCUGUUGACCCCACUACCAUGACCUGCUUGACCUCAGGUUAAAGCUCACAUCAUGAGGCUUGAGACCUGGUCUACUGAAGCUAUAUAAUAAUUUCGGUUGAGUUAUCCAGUACGUAUCUGCAUGGUGUCUGCGGCAUAAGAGGGCAUCACACUUGUGUCCCCACCAAUUUGACCACUACUGGACUUUGUGUUCCCUUCAAUCUGCCCUCCUUGGCACCCAGUACAGUCAAUACUAGUCAAAACAAAGGUCUCACCACCCAAGACUUAAGACAAACUUGGGCAGGAACCUUUGUACAUCUAGGUUUUGACAGAGGAAAGUAUUUUGAGCGAGGCAAGGUGAGGUUUAGGACCCCUGGCCUAGCUGUGUUUGCUUCCUCGCCACCUCUGAGUCCCGUUGUCUUGCCAACCAUCCAGGUAAACUUACCUCCCACAAAUACCCUACUUAUGUUCUGGCUAAAACCUGCUUACUUUCCUCCUCCUGUUUAUAUUAUUUACUUCAUUGCUUUAUCUUCCUUUCAUAUUGUCUAAUUUGCUUAUUUUUCUAUGGGACAUUGUAUAUUUUUGUGCCCUUAGUCUCGACUUUGUGUAAUAUGAACUAUGUUUCUAUGUUGUUGCUUCAUGGGAGGUGCCUAGAUGCUGGUGAAGGGCUUUUGAUACAAGGAAUUGGAGCUUCCCUUCCUUUCCUUGCAUUGAACCUGAGUAUCUCAUUCCCUAGGAGCUGCUUGAACCUUACGGGUUUAGCAUUACCCAUCAGUGUAAUAAUAAUAAUAGUUAUACCUGUAUGUUAUUGCUUAAGCCGCUCAUGCAGUCUUUUCCCCUUUAGUUUCUUCCCCAGAGUGUCAUCUCCAGUUUUUUCUCGUCACUUAUUUGUAAUUACCUAUUUGAGUUAGAGGAUGAGCUCUAGGUCUUGGUCUCACUUCUAAAUAUUUAAAUGACUGAUUUGAAUUAGCCUUAAUCACCUGUCACCAUUUUCUUGCCAUUUGUUGUCCACCAGCCAGUGGUCCUCAGUGCCCCAGCGUUGUCUGUUACCAGUUGUGGGACACGGGUUGGGCAGGGGGGUUCGAUGUCUUGUGAAUCUCAACAAGUGGGUAAUUUAGGGCUUCCUUGGCCCUUCACUUGGGGCAUGAGUAAUGUAGGCCUCCCUAAUCUGUCCCUUGUGCCUUAGGUAAUGUAGACCCUCUUGGCCCAAAAUUUUGGCCCCUUAGCCUGUCCCUUCACCCCUUAUCAUUUUUUAUUCAAUGCUGUUAGUAUUAUACUGACAUCAAACAAAGGACUGAAUCUCAGUCAUGAACCUGAGGUUGGUCCCUAACCUGAGAACACAGUUCACAUCAUAUCUGUCAUAGUUCAUAUUGUGGAUUCUUCCCCAUAAAUUACAAAUACAGUGGACCCCCGAUUCACGAAGUCAUCGGUAUCCGAUAAAUCCGGUAUCCGAAGCAUUAUAUCGCAAAAAAUUUGCCUCGGUUCCCGUUACAAAACCCGGUAUGCGAUACGAUUCGUACGAGACGUGUCCACGUGUGGCCUGAACUGCCCCAUGUGUGCCAGUGUUUACAAGCCAGCCAGUGUGCGCGCAUCUAAGGAUACAUUCGGUACAUUCCAUAUUAUCCAUAUUAUCAGUUUUUGGUGCUUGUUUCUGCAAAAUAAGUCACCAUGGGCCCCAAGAAAGCUUCUAGUGCCAACCCAUCGAGACCAAGGGUGCUAAUGACUAUUGAAAUGAAGAAAGAGAUAAUUGCAAAGUAUGAAAGUGGAAUGCAUGUGUCGGACCUGGCCAAGUUGUAUAGUAAAUCCCAAUCAACCAUCUCUACUAUAGUGAGCAGGAAAAUGGCAAUCAAGGAAGCUGUUCUUGCAAAAGGUGUAACUGUGAUUACAAAACAGUGAUUCCCCUUCUAAACAUUAAAAACUUCGACACUCUACCCUCCUCCCAUCCCAUCAAUCAUCACCAGAUCUUCAUUAAAGGUAAGUGUCAAUUAUUCUAUUGUUAUUAUUGUUAUUGUAAUUAUUCUAUUGCAUUAAACUUAAUAUUUCAUGUGGUAAAAGUUUUUUUUUUUUCAUACUUUUGGGUGUCUUGCACGGAUUAAUUUGAUUUCCAUUAUUUCUUAUGGGGAAAAUUGAUUCGCUUUCCGAUAAUUUUGCUUUACAAUGAGCUCUCAGGAACGGAUUAAUAACGUGAACCGGGGGUCCACUGUAUAUAAGUGAUAGAUGAAGCUGAUGAUUGUUGUCUCAGAGACAUACCUCAUAAUCACACUUGUUUUAACUUAACUUUUUCUCUGAGAUUUGUGUACGUCAUGCUUUUGUCCAUAUUUAAAUGAUUGUCAUUUUACAUUCUUUCCCUGCUUUCUGCCCCUCCUGCCUCUACCCAUUUUCAUAAUGGCCCUACAUCUGUCCAGAAUUCCCCUACUCCUACCCAUAAUGCCCUUGUCGCAGACACCCUAUGCAGUUGGCCACCAAACACACCAACAGAUUGUCUUAAUAUAUUUUUUUUGUCUUAUGUUAAUGCAGCAUUUAGAAUAUUUUGAGUCAGGUUGUUAUAUGUUAUGUUUUACUUUUACUGGUAUAGCUAUUAUUUUGUGUACAGUAUAUUUGGUUAUGUAAGUGCAAGGAGGAGGUGGGAAUCCCCUGCCCCCUUCCCUUCCUUGAAGGUUCUCCUUGUGCACUGGGUGAGGCUACUGACCUGUCUGGCAGUUAACACACACACUGGGUUACUUGUGAGAGGCAGAUGAAGGCCACCUGUAUGGCGAUGGGUGAAGGAUGGUUACCUGUGGAGGAAGGUCAAGGAAGGAAGGAAGGUCACUUGUGUGGAGACAGGUGAAGGAAAGUCACCUGUGUAGAGGAAGGUGAAGGAAGGAAGGUCACCUAUGUAGAGAAAGGCAAAGGAAGGUCACCUGCAUAAGGUAGCAGGAGUGUCGUAGCCUCACCUGCCCGCAAUAUCUAUGUAUAGUCGCACCCAUCUCAGUUGCACCCGUUAAGUUUAAGUCUUUCAGAUUGCACGCUUUCUAAGUCACGGAUCUCAGUUUUAGUGUGUGGGGGUUGCAGCCCCCGACACAGGCCAGAAGUGACCAACCGCACUGUGUGUGGGGUGUCAGAGCCCCCGGUACAGGCCAGAGGUGACCAACCACACUGUGUGGGGGUUGCAGCCCCUGGUGCAGGCCAGAGGUGGGGUCGCAGCCCCUAGCCCAGGCCAGAGGUGACUCCCCACACACACUAUUUAUUAACAUUAUUGAUGAUGGAACCUAUGGCAGCCUCCAACAUUACUGUCAACAGUGAAGAAUAAGCCACAAUACCAUGGCUGAAACAGUUCAUGCUAAUAACCCACACUUUGGGGAGGAAAUUUUGGAUGAGGUUUUCCAGUCUAUCCAGGACCAUUCUCAAGUGAAACCUCAACAAGAAAAAGAAAAAAAAACACCCCCUUCCCCUUGUUCUGUUAAACAAGACACAUGUGCAGUGUUAGGAUAUUUUAUGGGGGAAACAUUUUGCCACAAAUGUCUUCUUUAAUUCUGAAGAAGCCAUUUGGGGGAAAAAUGAUUCCUCAAUAAAUAACCUAACACUGUAUGUGUCUUCUUUUACAAGUGUAAGUAGGUUUAUUUAGGUACAGUUAUACAUAAAUACAGUUACACAAUUUAUCAUACAUAGUAACAUAUGUGUAGAUUACCUAGGAUAACCCAAAAAAAAAAGUCAGAGACAGUGACUUAUUUCCAAUGGUGUCAGUAUUAUAUACCAGCUCUUAUCACCCCCUCCCACUACUCCUUGCAUGUCAGUCUUAUGAGUUCAACUUUUUCAAUAAUUUCUGAAUUGAUAAUGGUGCAGAGCAGACUGAAACACCAAGCAAAGUUACCUCUUCUUAGUUAUUGAUGGGGUGUCAGAAAUGUUGGUGUCACAUGUGUAUAGUGCACCGAGGCUGCGGCUUCCCUCAUUAUUUAUGUGUUUACUGUAUUAUUUUGUUAAUGUUUGAUGGAGUGGGAAUCAAGGGUUAGUCGAGAGAAGCUUAGAACAGGCGUGAGUGCUGCUGGAAGAGGUGUAUCAGUUGUUAAACCCAGGUGAGAGAUGCAGUAGGCCUGAUGUAAGUCUAGGAUGUGUCAUGAGAAGUGUUCCCCACCCCAACAAGACCUGAAAGAUGCAAUAGGUCUAAGGUAGGCCUAGGAUAUAUAGCAAAAAGUGUUCCCCCACCCUGGCAAGACCCGAGUGAGAGAUGCAGUAGGCCUGAGGUAGGCCUAGGAUGUGAGAAGUAUUCCCCACCCUGGCAAAACCCGAGUGAAAGAUGCAAUAGGCCUGAAGUAGGCCUAGGAUGAGUUGUGAGAAGUGUUUCCCACCCUGGCAAGAUCUGAGUGAGAGAUGCAGUAGGCCUAAUAUAGGCCUAACAUGUCAUUAGAAGUGCUCCCCACCCCAGCAAGCCCAGAGUGAAAGAUGUAAUAGGCCUGAGGUAGGCCUAGGAUGAGUUAUGAGUAGUGUUCCCCACCUCAACAAGACCCGAGUGAGAGCUGUAAUAGGCCUGAGGUAGGCCUAGAAUAUGUUGUGAGAAGUGUUCCUCACCGCUACACCACACACUCACGCUGCCUUGGUACUUAAGCAUUGUUUAUACGACUUAACACUGGUUGUUACACAAGUUCCUCAGCCCUUAAGUUCACACUAUGUGUAAACAACAAGUGUAGCACUAAAUCCCACUGCAGAUGGCAGAGCUGCAUCAGCAGGACCUGCAGCCCACCAGGUGGGUCUUAAGUAACAGUGACCUGUAGCUCACUGGGUAGGUCAUGGGUCUCAAGGACCUGCAUCCCACCGGGUGGGGCCUAAGUAACAGGAGCCUGUAUCUCACUGGGUGGGUCAUGGGUCUCAAGGACCUGCAUCCCACCAGGUGGAUCCUAAGUAACAGCAACCUGUAUCUCACUGGGUGGGUCAUGGGUCUCAAGGGCCUGUAGCUCACCAGGUGGUUCCUGAAUCUGAAGGACCUGUAGCCCACCAGGUGGUUCUGAGUCUGAAGGACCUAUAUCCCACCAGGGGGUUCCUGAAUCUGAAAGACCUGUAGCCCACCAGGUGGGAUUUCAGUCCUGGGAACCUGCAGUCUAGCAGGUGCAUCUUGGGCCCCAAAGCCCACUAUAUAAACUUAAUUUGUAUUAUUGUACGGAAGAUAAAUAUCGAUGCUGCCACAUUUAGCAGCUGUUGCAUGUGUUCUGGCCAGGUGUGUGUGUGUGUGUGUGUGUGCAUGUGUGUUCGAGAGUCUAUUUUGUGUACCUAGCAGGUGUCUGUGACGCGUGAACUAGAAGAGCGCGUCCUGCUCAACUACUGUAGGGACCCGCCUCUCGCCCUGACCCUCCCUACACUUCCCUCACCAACACAACCUCUACUUCAAACUCCCAGAAAAAAUACAACCAUACACCUAUUCUUCAAUCAUUGUACUUAAACUGGACACCACAACCAGUCAGCUCUUGGACUGGGUGACCUGAUAUCACUGGGGCACUAGGAACAAUGCCACCUAUCACAUGUAACCUUGUAACAGGUACAGCUGCAUCCUUCACCUUAUCUCUUAGGACAGUCAGGCUCUCAUGAUCUCCAGAAGUCUGACUGUGAACACCAGCACAGUGUUCACAACACCAGCAGCAGUGUUCACAACACUAACAGCAGUGACGAGAGGAUUGUGUUAGUUCAUUUUAAGUUUUCAGUAUACUCUGGCAAUUCCAGUUGAAUACAGGUCUCCCUCAACAUUUGCAAGGGUUAGGGGAUCAAGAACCUCACAAAUGUUGAAAAAUCAUGAAAGUUUGGUGCCCCAAUAUAUUGGAGGGAAAUACAGUACUGCUUCUUUAACUUGUAGAACCAUGAGCAAUCAUAAAACACAUGAAAACAUCAUAAAAUAUUGUACUAGUGCCAGCCCUUUGGUAAAGAAGGUGAGAAAAAUUAUAGAAUUCAAGAAAGAACUUGUAGCAGAGUACCAAAGUGGAGGAGGAAGUAAGAGGGGAGAAUGUGCCUUUUUCAGCGAUUCAGUGAUUCUGUGAUAUGUACGAUACUAAAGCAGCAUAAGCUGAUAAAGGUUAUAGUGCCAGCCAGCGAUAAAGUGUAGCAUUAACAGUGUAGCAAGUAAGUUAAGCGAUUAAUCCAUAGAAAAAGGACAACACAAACCUAACUCCUCCAGUGUUGUUGGAGUUAUACAGGGCAACUGACAACACCGCUGUCUCUGGUCUCUAGUCUCUCCUCAAGAAAGGUUCCUUGAUGCUGGUGAGGGGCUCUUGAUCUAGGGAAUUGGAUCUGUUCUCCAGUUCCCUGAAUUAAACCUGAAUACCUUCCACAUCCCCCCCCCCCUCAGGCGCUGUAUAAUCUGACGGGUUUAGUGCUUCCCCCUUGAUUAUAAUAAUAAUGUCUCUAGUCUCUACUGCCUCUGAUGCCGCCUCCACCGCCUCUGAUGCCGCCUCCACCACCACUAUGUAUGGCUUAUGUCUCAGUGGCCCUUAUACACCCAGCAACAAAACACAGCAACACUCGUGACAUAAUGACGUAUUUUAUUCAUUUAUAUGUCAUGUUUCUAUGUUAUUAAUAUUGUUUAUUAUGUCAUAUUAGAUCUCUGCCAUGGCCACAAUUCCUAAGAUAUGAAAUAACAUACGUAUUUUGAAUAUGAUUGGGCGGCUGGGAAUUUGCGAAUGUUCGAAGCUCACGAAAGUGGAAAAUGAGAAUGUUGAGGGAAACCUGUAAGUCUUUCCAUGCUGAUAAGUCUAUCACUAGCAAUGAAGCAUUCCAGCAGCAAAAUUCCAGUAGAAUAGGUUGUUUUAAUUGAGAGUCAGUGUUGUCAGUAGGUCAUUCCAGUUAUGCAUUCCAAGCAAGAAGCUAAUAAGUCAUUCUGGUGGAGUAAAUCAUCCUGGAAAUCAUAUUAUUCCAGUUAAUUGAGUCAUUUCAGCUGAGUUUGUCAUCCCAGUCAAGUAGAUCAUUCCAAUUUAACAAGUCAUUUCUUUUGAGGUCAUUCCAGCAGAGUAUACCGUCUGCAUACUGUAAAUCAUUCCAUUUCAGCUCAUCAUUCUAGUCUUAAUUAGCCCUCCCAGUUUGACUGGUUACUCAACUGGUAGCAUUGUUUGUGUUGCUCAGGACAUUUAAAUUUCUGGCCUUGUGUUGCAAGCCUAAGUGGACAUCACAACAGGAAGUUCUCUCUUCAUCUUCAUGAACAUGAUAAGUCUUACCGCUAGGCAUUUCAUAGAUGCUAGGAAGGCACGAGUGAUGGAGGCCUGGAUAGAUGGAUGAAAGAAGGGAAAGGGUAGUAAUAUGGACUGAUGGAGGAUAAAGCUAGAUAGCCUGACCAUUACCAGGCCACAGCUCCUUCCUUGUACCAGCAAGAGCAAGGAAUUGCUGAAGAAUUUAUGGAAAUGGUGAUAUAAUAUUUUUUUAACACAUCAGCCAUUUCCACCCAGGCAGGGUGACCCGAAAGAGAAGAAACACUUUCAUCAUCACUCACUCCAUCACUGUCUUUCCAGAGGCAUGCCGAUACUUCAGUUCAUAAACUGCAACAUAAAUUAGUGGGAGGAAAAGGCAGUGUUUGUUGUUAGGUAAUGUUAAUGUUGGCUGGUGUUGAUGCUGAUUGUGUUGUGAAGUGUCUGCUUUAGGUGUUACUUUCAGUCUUCUUGGUCCUCUACUUAUGAGACUUAAAGUGGACCUGAAUGCCUGCCAACUUUGGUCCCAUCAUGGUUUAAGGCUCUAGUGGUGCAUAAUCCACAACUUCAUGGUCCCCUAGCUAUAGUCUUCAACUUGAUCGUCUCAAAUUUGAUGAUCCUCAUCUUGAAGGUCACCAUAUUGAAGGUCACUGUCUUGAAGGGCCUCUGCUUGAAGGUCACCAUCUUGAAGGGCCUUUGCUUGAAGGUCCCCAACUUGAGGUCUGAGACUGAAACCCAAAAAAAUGUAUGACCAGAGGCUCUGAAAAUUUGAAGACUUCAACACUUGUAGACUUCAACACUUGUGGACUUCAAGAUCUCAGAAGGUUUAAACUUAAAAACUUGUUUAAUAAGUCUAAUUAAGAACCUGAAAAUCUUUAAGAUCUGCAAACUGAAUAAGACCUGACAACACUAAAAGACCUAAGUACAGUAAGUUCUCACUCAGUGUCAUUUCGUUUGUCAUUUCAUUAUAACAUUGUUGAGAAAAAAAAAAUUGAUUCCUGGCUGGGGCCACUAUGUGGAGUUGGCAUGUUCGUUUUUGAACUGCGUGGUGGUAAAAGGUGCUCCUUACAGUUUUUGCUUUGCAAACAUUUAUUCCUUGAUUUAACCCUGUUCAAUGAGUGCUUAAGGUGCACUGACUGUGCAACCCUGAUGUUUAUAUCAAUUAGCCUAUGGUAAAAAUUGAUUUUGUUAUAUAUUUCGCUGAAAGUUCGCAGUUUCCAAGAGCCCAUUGAUGACAUUAAGUGAGGACACUGUAUACCAUAAAACUUGAGAACAUUUUAAAACCCUAGUACACUGUAAGACCUAAAAAUACUAUUGGAACAUUAUAAAGACCUAGGAACUCUUCAAGAUCUAAGAGCUUUAUAUAACAUAAGAAUUUGAUUAGCCCUUCGUAUAUCAUAAUACCUGACACUUCUGUAAAACCUUUUGACUAUAGGAAGCAUGGGUUACAUGGGUUAAUGGGAGAGGAAGGUUAGAGGGAGGGAAAAGGGGGGGGAAAGGUAGGGGGAGAGGCAGUCAUGUGAAUCAUCAUUUGUAAUCAACAUUUCUGAAAGAGACAAAUAAACUGUGCUUCCAGGAGCUAAUGA